GUCCACUUUUUUUUUUUUCAAUUUUUCCUUUUCUUUUACUUUUCUUUUCUUUGACACCAGCACUCACUGUCUCUCUCCUUUCUUUGAACUCACUUCCACUGUCCUCCCUCUCAAACUACUAUAUUUUUCCUUUCCCUUCAUUCAAAUCUAGGGUUUUAUUUUUUAUCCUCUUUUAUAAUUUCUGCUUUUCAGUGUUUUUUCAACUAGGGUAGGCAACACAGAUUUCUAUUUUUUGCUUUCUAGGUAUCCAGAACAAAUCUGCCUGCUGCUAAGUGAACCAACAACACUUGGAUAGUUUCAAAUUUUCAAUUUUUAAGAUCUGUGGUUUCUUAUUUUCCCUCAAAAACCCUAAUUUAACUCUCCUUUUUGAGAUUUUCAAGUUUUUAACUUCUGGGAGAGUUCUAAUCUUUACUUUUUAAUAAUUGUGGGUUCUUUCUACAUAACAAGAAGUAAUUUUUGGUGACUAAUUGACUAGGGUUUCAUACAUUCUUAUAAGAAACCCUUGUAAAUCCCUAGCUCAUAAUUCUCUUCCAUAAAGCUGCAAUCUUUCUAGCUUUUAGAGGAUUUGGGUUAAUUUAUUGAAAUAUUUUAGGUUUUGGAUUCUAGGAUUUGCAGUAAAAAGAAUUGUGUUUUGUGAAGAAUUUCAGUGAAGUAAAUGUAUGGAUGGGAGGGAAGGUAUGGCAUUGCAAGGUUCAAGUCCAUAUUAUUUGCAUAGAACAAUUCCAGGGGGAGUUGGGUCAGGUGUAGGACAACCUGGAUUGAAUACACCAUCUCAGGGUUUUAGACCUUCUUCAAACCCUAAUCUUUCGGCCCAGCCAAUUGUUAGGGCUAAUAAUUCUGUGGGUCCUACUUUUAAUGUUGAAGGAUCUCAGCCCAAUGUGCCUCAAGGAUUCACCAUAACUGUUGCCCCAACUGGGGGUUCAUUGAGUGAGCCUAUUAAGAAGAAGAGGGGUAGGCCUAGAAAGUAUGGGCCAGAUGGUUCUGGCCCAGGUGGGGUUUCGGGUUCCAGGACGAUGUCAUUGGCUCUAAUUCCGUCGACCCCGAAUUCAGGUACGCCAGGGGAGAAAAAGAAGAGAGGAAGGCCUCGUGGGUCUGGCAGAAAGCAGAGAUUGUCCUCUGUUGGCGAAUGGAUGAAUAAUUCAGCUGGCCUUGCUUUUACUCCUCAUAUCAUUCAUAUUGCACCAGGAGAGGACAUCGCUUCCAAAAUACUUUUGUUUUCGCAACAGAGGCCAAGAGCACUCUGCAUUAUGUCUGGUAGUGGCGGUGUUUCCACUGUUACAUUACGUCAGCCUGCAUCGGCUGCUGGAACUGUCACUUUUGAGGGACGUUUUGAAAUACUAUGUCUAUCUGGUUCAUACUUGGUUGCUGAAACUGGUGGAUCGGGUAACCGGACUGGGGGUGUUAAUGUCUCUCUUUCUAGUUCUGAUGGUCAUGUGAUUGGUGGUGCAGUUGAUGGAAGGCUCAUUGCUUCAAGGCCGGUCCAGGUUGUGGUAAGCAGUUUCGUUUAUGGGAACGUAAAGGAGAAGAGCAAGGAGCUAGAUUCAAAAGACGAAAAGAGUUGUGAACAAGGUUCGAGCGAUAAAUCGUCAGCUCAGCCUCAGAUAAAUGCUUCUUCUAGUCAAAAUAUACCGGGCUCGUGGCCUGGUUCUAAAGGACUGGAUCUAAAGAACCCCAACACUGACAUUGACUUGGCGAGUGGAUAACUAGUGAUCAUAAACGAAUCGAGUUACUUGUUUUGGCGAUUUGUAAAUACAUUGUAUUGCGUAUUUAAAAAGCCUUUUAGAUGCAUGAGUUCGGAGAUAAACUCGAUGAAAGUCGAAAGAUGAUGGCGUUUCCUGACUUUUAGUGACGGUUUAAAAAAUCAUAUGUCGGCUGAUUUUGGGUAGCCGAAAUUGAGAUUGAAGAUGAGAUAACCGAGUUUAGGUAGCAUUGGUAUUUGGUAGGGGUAAGUAAUGAGUUUUAUGAUGAGUGUUCUUGUGCUGCAGAUUAUGUUAUAACUUUUAUGUUGAUUAUUUUUAGUUUCUCUUAAAUGUUUUUUAAUGUUUGUUUUCUGUCAUUUUGUCUCUCUAUUCAUGUCUUUUUUUAGUUAUUUAAUAAUAUUUACAUAUUAUUUUCCCUUUUGGAUUCUUUUUAGCUUGCUCAGUGCUUUCCAAUUCCAUCCUUCAGGAAUGUUUGGUACAUUGGCUCAAUGUUUUGUAAUUGAAGUUUAUGACUUAAUUUAUGAUAAAUUUAAAAUGUACAAUUAUUUUAAGGAAAAAU